AACCAUUAAUUUUUACUUAAUUAGAAUCAAAUCAAAUCGCAUAAUAAUUUAAAAAGAGAUAAAAUAUAAACAAAAUAAAGAAAAACAAGAUAAAUAGACUCACAAUAUUCUUACUCAGUUUUUUAUAAAAUGAGAAAAUAUUUACACUAAAAUCUACUAAUUCUACUAAAUCUGAUAAAUUUACAACUUGCGAUUGCCACUCUUUUAACUAGGAUGAACAACCCUAUUACUUCUAUUGCUUACUUAAAUUAAAAUACUUUUGUUACUUGCCUCAAUGGAAAUAAAAUUCAAGCGUGGUCAAUAACACCCACUUAAAAAAUUGCUGAAAAUAACAAUGUUAGUUGUUUCCAAGUCUCUAGAAUCGAUGAUCAAAAAUUUCUUUGCGGAUCUUCUUCAGCAUUAGCUAUAUACAGCAUCUAAAGUAAUUAAAUAAAUAAAAUAUCUGCCUCUUUAAGCUUUAAUGGUCUCAACUUUUUUUAAGUGCUUAAUUCAUAAUAUGCUGUUGCUAAUAGUAAUAUCGAAUAGAGAAUUUAUGACCUCAAUCAAUAGACAUACGAAUCAUUUUUUUACUUAAUUGGAAUUAAUAACCCUAAUAAAGGAUUAUUUUUUAACCCUAAUGAUGACAUAAUGAUGUCUCCGACUUCAGGACAAAUAACAAUUUGGGAUAAGAAGUAAAAAACAAUGAUAUUGGGUUAAUUUAAUGGUGUUACUUGGUUUUAGAACUCUGAUGCAAUUUAAAUGAUUCAAGCCUAAAUACCUUUGUCAGAAAGAAUCUUUUUAGCUUAAUCAGCUAAUUAAAUAUAUAGACAACAGUAUAAAGAUAAUAAAAUCAAUUAAUUAUCAGCUUUUAUAUUAAAUUCGAAACCUUUAAUUAAAUUCCGCGUAGUCGGAUAAAAAGUUGUAAUAAUAGAUCAAAACUCUCUUUAAAUUUUGUCAAGCAACUUGGAUCAAGAUUAGUCGAUUAAUCAAAGCUUUUCAGGAUUUGACUCUUUAAGAUAUUAAGAGAAUUUAAUCCUUUAUGAUAGUCAAAACAAUGUAUACCUGAUAUAACCUACUCACUCUCUGAUGUGGUGUAAUAGUCUAUGCUCAACUUGCUAAGAAAGUGAUGCUAAUAUAUGCUUAUCAUGUAAAUAAGCCAAUAUGAUUGUAAAUUCAAAUUCAUAAUGUGUUUGCAAAGAUGGAUUUUACAUGGAUUCUAAUUAAAUAUGCUAAUAAUGUAGUCCAAGUUGCAAAACAUGCAGUGAUCAAAAUAAGUGCUUAACUUGUGAUUUUACAUAAUUCAGAGUCUUUAACAACAAUACAAAGCAGUGUGAUUGUAAAUAAUCCUAUUAUUCUCUUAGCUCACAGCCUAAAUGUGUUAAAUGUCCUUAUUACUGUCAAACGUGUGAGCUCGAUAACCAAUUGAAUUCAAUUAGAUGUCUUUAAUGUUUUUAAAAUCCUACAUUAAAUAGAAGUAAUACAGGUAAUUGUUAGUGCUUACCUGGUUAUUUUGAUGAUGGUACUAAUGUACAGUGCGUUUAAUGCAAUUAUACAUGUUAUGAAUGUGAUAAUACGAUAUAAUGUAGCUCUUGCGAUAGCUCCAAAAACAGAAAUUUUAACUCAUUCUCAUCUACAUGUACAUGCCAAUCUGGUUAUUAUGAUGAUGGAGUAAAUUAAUCUUGCUAGAUAUGCCCAUAUAAUUGUAAAGAAUGCUAAAAACAAGGGGCUAAAAUAGUUUGUACAGAUUGUAAUACGAUUGGAACAUUUAGAUAAAACGAUUAAAUAUGCUCAUGUUAAGAUGGAUAUUAUGAUGCUGGAUAACUUAAAUGUACUUAAUGUAAUAGUGGAUGUUAAUCUUGUGAUUCGAAAGGCUAAUGUCAUGCUAAUUGUCCUCAAAAUUGUAUUUUUUGCAAUAGUUAAAUGACAUGCACAAAAUGUAAACCUCUAACUUACUUAGUCAACUAAUAAUGUCAAAACUCAUGUAAUUCUAAUUAAUAUGCUGAUGAUACUCAAUAAAUUUGUGUAAAUUGUCCAAGUUUUUGUAUUAAAUGUAAUUUAGAUCCCACAAAAUGCCAAUAAUGCAUUUCAGAUUAUGUACUUUAUUAAAACAACUGUUUAAUUUAAUGCCCAGAUGGAAGUUACAAAGAUUCUAAUUAUAUUUGCUAACCUUGUCCCUAAAAUUGUCUUUAAUGUGAUUCUAAUGAUACAUGUAAAAAAUGUCAAGAUGGUUUUUAUUUAUAUCAGAAAAAUUAAUGCUUGGCUAAUUGCCCAGAUGGAAAUUAUAAUGAUUCUAAUAACAUCUGUUAAUUAUGCUAAUAAAACUGUAUUAAAUGCAAUUCUAGUGGAAUAUGUAGCUUAUGCUAAGAUGGUUUUUACUUAUACAAAAACCAACAAUGCCUUAAAAAUUGUCCAAACAAUUACUAUCCUGACAGUUAAAGUAAAGCAUGCUAAAUAUGUAUGUAAAAUUGUGAACUCUGCUCUUCUUCUAAUUAAUGCAAUCAGUGUGUACAAACUUUUUAUCUUCUAAAUGAUAGCUAGUGUUUAUCUGAUUGUCCAUAAAAUUACUUUAAGGAUACAUAAAAAAAUAUAUGCACCUCUUGCUUUUUGAAUUGUAAUUAGUGCAAUGACUCACACUCUUGUAAGGUAUGUAGCAGUGGAUUUUAUUUGCUAAAUGGCUUAUCAUGUGUUUAAAAUUGUCCAGAUGAAUAUUUUGAAAACUUAUCUUAAGGCAUUUGUUAAUUGUGCUCAACUAACUUUUGUUAAAAGUGCAACCAAUAAAAUAAAUGUUUAUAAUGUAAAAAUAACUAUUUUCUCAAGGAUACUGAAUGUGUUUUGAAUUGUGGUUAAGGUUUCCAAAUUCAAAAUAACAUUUGCAUCGCAUGCAAAGCAAAAAAUUGUUUAGGGUGUGAUAAACAAAUAGAUUAAUGCUCUUCUUGUUUGAAUGGCUUUGAACUUUUUAAAAAUGAUUGCUAUGCUAAGUGCUUACCAAAUUAAUUAAGAGAUGAAAAAGGUAGCUGUUUUGAAUAAAAUUAAUUUAUGCUUGAAUAUAAGUCAAAUAAUUAAAUAUAAAUGGUUUUCAAGUAUAAGCCAAACUUUGAAGAUAUUAAGAAAGAAUUAUAAUUGUAAAUUCCAGCUUUAUAAGGACAAUUUGAUUAUAAAAUAGAUAUUUAAGAUAAUUUUACAUUGCUAAUUACAAUAAGUACCACUAAAAAGCUUGAUAAUAAAUAAACUGUUACAAUUUCUAUCAAUGAUAAUACAAAUCAAUUUAUAAAUCCUCAAUAAUCAAUAGAUAUUUAAAUCAUAUAAAAAAAGCAAGAUGAAAGCCCUGCAGCUUCUAAAUCGUUUGAGACUGCAACGUAGGCUGUUUCUACUGCUACUAUAGCUGCAAUAUUUCCAUUAGCACUUUCAGGAAACUUUUGGAUGAUUUCUUCUAUACUAGAUAUCUCAUAAAUUAUUUACAUGACUUCAUUCAUAUAAUUUUAAAUGAGUUCUACCCUAGACACUUUCUUAUCUUCCUAGAAGAAUUUCAAAAUACCAUUUCCAAACUUUUUUGAGUAUAUAAAUCACUAUGAAGAAAUAGUUUAUGACACACCACCUUAAAUUAGCGAAAAAGACAUUCAAGGAUUUUAUCUUAGCAAUAUGGGCGAUACAUUAUCAUUAUUAGCUAUAAUUAUUUUAGCUUAUGCAAUUUUAAAACUUUUGGUGUAUGCUUUUGCUAAGUGUAAAAAAGUCUAAAAUCUACUAAUAAAGAUAGAAAAGAAAUUAUUUCCUGUAACUUUGAUUGCAGAUUUGCUUUGGGUUGUUUAUCAAGACAUGAGCUUUUCAGUAAUUUUGUAAUUGAUAACUCUAAAUGUUGCUAAGUAUGCAGUUGAAAUAUUAAAUUACUUUAUCUUUUCUGUAAGUUUCUUUGGAAUUAUAUUACCUGUGUAUCUAACUUUUAUCAUAUAUUCUGGGUCUAACAAAGAAAUAAAAGAACACUUAACGAAAGAUCAGCAAUUCAAUUAUUAUUAGAUUCUUCUAUACUUCAGGAAAUUCUUUUACACAGUUGUAAUUGGAGCAUUAUAAACAUCUCCAAUUACAUAAAUUUUACUGAUAACAAUAUUUCACUUAAUUUUGUUGCUAAUAACAAUAAAAUUAAAACCUUUUAAAGCAAAUUUUGUGAACAUAAAAGAAGGAAUUUAGAGCUCAUCAUUUUUAAUUUGUCAUAUCCUUGUACUUGUUUUGUAUUAGCUUGAUAAUAGCGAUUCUUUGACCUCUAAAACUAUUUGCUGGGUUAUCCUUUCUAUAUUUUCUUUGAUUAUUAUAUUCGAAGUUAUAAUAUGCUUUAGAGAAAUAUAUAUAGCAAUAAAAGAAGUCUAUGCAAAGUAUAAAAAAAACAGAAACAAAAAAUUAACUAUAGUACCUUAUAAUGAGAAAGAUUUAAAUUAAAAAUAAGAAAAAUAAAUAGAUGAUGGCAAAGAUAGUGUACAAAAUAGAGAAUCUUAAAAUUAUAAUUAAGAUCAAAAUAUAGGAUUAGAUCUUUCGCCUACUAAAUUAGACAGUAGAUAAUUUAUUUCGACAAUCUAUGAUCAAAAUUAAACUAAUACACCUAAUUCACCCAUAAAAAGAAGAAAAUUAAGAAGUGGAAGAAUUUUAAGAGAAAUUGAAGCGAAAACUUAAGUUCCAGAUAAUCAAAAUAUAGGUACUAUGCUCAAAAUUUACAAGAGCGGUUCUGAUUUAUCAGAAGGAUAAACCUUUAGAGAUUUUAGAGCAGUCUAGUCAUAAAGAUCAACAUUUUUUUUAUUGGAAGAUUAAAAUAGUAAGAGUAACAAUAAUUCAAUUAUUCAAACUAAAAAAGAAUUCCAAGAAUCUAAUAAAAAUAAAUCUUGUCUUAGUGGUGAGUGA